CACAACACACAUAAUUUCCACUGUUUGGCUUUAUCGCCCCCUAGUGUCUGGCGGAGGUACUGAGCUCCACUGGAUUGGUUGUGCGCUUGUCAAGGAGUGUUUACACUAAACAUGGCUUCUCUGUCUGUUGGAGAGCUUCAAGAAAUGGAAGUUGACAGAAGGGGUGAUUCCGAAGAAUCCGGGGAUGAUGAAAGGAGGAAGAGUAUUAAUGGGGAUGUGGAUCCCAACCAGCCCUCUGGAACAACCAAAGAAGAGUCACCGGUUGAUAUGGACACCAUAACUUUGGAUCCAGAGGAAGAGGACGUUGAUCUUGUUCAUUGUCGUAUUGGAAAGAUUGAAGGACUUGAGGUGCUACAGAAAGCUAAAACGCUCUCCCUACGACAGAACUUAAUCAAAAAGAUAGAAAACCUGGAGAGCUUGAGCUCACUGCGAGAACUAGAUCUUUAUGACAAUCAGAUCCGAAAACUGGAGAACCUGGACAACCUCACAGAGUUAGAGCAGCUCGACGUCUCGUUCAACAUUUUGAGGAAGAUCGAGAAUUUGGAGCGACUGACUCGACUGAAAAAACUUUUCCUGGUUCACAACAAAAUCACCAGCAUCGCCAGCCUGGAGCAUUUCAGCCUCCUGGAGAUGCUGGAGCUGGGCUCUAACCGCAUCCGGGUCAUUGAGAACCUUGACGGCCUUACAUCGUUGACAAGUUUGUUUCUCGGCACCAAUAAAAUAAAUAAGCUUCAGAACCUGGAUGCUUUACACAACCUCUCUAUUUUAAGCAUUCAGAGUAAUCGGAUUACUAAAAUAGAAGGGCUUCAGAAUCUUGUCAACCUGAAGGAACUCUAUCUGA